CGCUUCUCGCUUAUCAGUCCAUCUUGCUGACCACACACGUCGGACCUGACUCGGCUGGCAGCCCCGUAGAUGCUCGCAGACGGCACACUCAAACGCCGACUUCGCAUCUUUGACCCUACUUAGAUCCAGAUCCAACAUGUUGCUUGCUCGCGCUUUGGCCUUACAGCGAGUCCCCCACCGAGUAUCAGCUGCUCAGGAGGCGUUUUUCGUAGUUCCCAAGCCUUGCAGAUAUACUUCUACGGCUCAAGCUGGCACUCGCCAGCAAUGGCGAGCCUCGGGCAGCCGCGCAACCCGCAUUGCUGCCUUUAGCCUGCUUGCGACAGGGGCGACGAUCUACUAUCUGCGCCACCAAGACUUGCGGAUCAGAGAACAUCAGGAACUCGCCGUAGCCAGAUCGGCAGCCAUCUCUGACCCUCUCGACGUCCUCAAUCCAGCCGAAAUGGCAAAGGGCAAGCACCUACGCGCGAUGCCCCUACCAGUUCUACUGAGGUCAUACCUCGUCUACGCCCUUUCGUCGUCAGGCUUCAUCGUCGAGCAGUCGCCCAAGAUCAUCAGUGCUCUAGAGACCGUCAGAGAUACCGUGCCGCUCGUCGGUCCGCUUGUUUGGUCCACGUUUGCAGGGGUCAUGCGCAACACCUUUUUCGCGCAUUACGUCGGCGGCGAGACCGUGCCGGGCUGUUUUGGCCUCAUGGACGAGCUCGAGAAAGAAGGCUGCUCGGCCAUGCUCAACUACAGCGUCGAGAAGGACGCAAGUACUGCUGCCCAAUCUGGCAUCAUCGACGAAAACGUCGAAGAGAUCCAUCGCGCCAUUGUCGCCUCUGGCCAUGCAGGACGUGCUCGAUCGACCUGGGUAGCUAUCAAGAUCACCGGUCUCGUACACAAUCCGGGCCUCAUACAACGCGCUUCGGAGGCACUCGCCUCCUCGACAGCCUACCAGCGUGGCCAGCUUGCCGUGUCAGCCGACACUCUCUUUCCUGCCGGGCCCGCCUUGUCCGAACAAGACCACGUUGACCUCGAUAGCUUGCUCGAAGGUCUGCGAAAGGCCUGCUCUCAGGCCAAGGCGCUCGGCGUCCGCGUGGCUAUCGAUUCGGAGCAGUCGUGGUAUCAUCCGGCGAUCGACCACAUUCACGACUUGUUGGCAAUCGAAUUCAAUAGAGUCGAAGCACCGCCGGAUCUCAGGAAGCCUGGCUUCCUUGCCAGAUGGAUCUGGGGGGACCGCAUUCCCUUGACGCCCUCCUCCGUGCCACCGACUGUCUUCAAUACCUUUCAGUGCUACCGCAAGGAUACUGAGGAAAGAUUGUCCAUCUCGCUGGCGCGGUCCGUCCAAUUGAACCAUUCGCUCGGCGUGAAGCUGGUCCGAGGCGCCUAUGCAGACACUGAACGCGCUCGUGCUCUGGCUGCCGGUCUCAAGACUUCGCCCGUCUGGGACAGCAAGCCGGAGACGGAUGCAUGCUACGAUCGCUGUGCCGCAAUCUGUGUCGAAAGGGUCGAUCACGAUCUCAACACCGCUCGCGGACAAUGGUCGCCUGGUAUCGGCAUUCUCAUCGCGACUCAUAAUGCUACCUCGGUCAAGCGCAUGCUCACCGAUCUUAGAGCUCGCAAGCUGAUCAUGAACGCCGGUGCUCGGCUCGACGUGAGCGAAGAGGUGCGCGGGCGCAUCUGCUUUGCACAGCUGCUCGGCAUGUCCGACGCCUUGACAUUCGCGCUGUCGCAACUCUUCAGUGGAUCCGAGACGGUGCCUAGCUACAAUACGGCUACAUCCAUCUCGCCUUAUCCUGUCUCGCCUUUGCCCAUCGUCGCCAAGUACAUCCCCUACGGUCCCCUCGAUCGUGCUCUGCCUUAUCUCAUUCGCCGAGCUCAGGAAAAUCGCAGCGUAUUGACGGGCGCGGAUGGCAGCGGUCGGGGAGGUGCGAGCGAUGAGCGCCGUCUCAUAGGAGCAGAGAUCCGCCGCCGUUUUCUAUAAUGGCUUGCUCAGGCUGGAGUGCCCACUCCACUGGCUUCGCUCAGGCUAAGCUUCCGGAGAGAGUCUGCAAGUUGCAAGAGAGCUAGACUGCAAGCAGCGUAGAUGCAUAGAUUCUACUUCUUACCCUUUUGCACCUUCGGCAACGGUCUUGUGUAGGGUAAGAAGGUUCUCCCUUGCAUGUACGGCUGCAGGACUUCGGGAAUAUUGACACCC